UAAGUCGUUAUUAAUUAAUAAGUUUUAACAGUCAUUUUCAAUAUCAAGUUUUGAUCGACAAUUUUAUAAUAUAAUUUUGUCGGGCGCCAUAUUGGAUUCGCCAUUUUGUAUUUAUAAUUUUUAAGUCAUAUUCAAAAUCAACGACCUCGAAAACCCCUUAGAAACCCCCCAGGUUUCAUCUUUAUGCAAAACAAGCAAUUUUUAAUAUUUUCGGGUGCCAUAUUGGAUCCGCCAUUUUGUAUUUCUAAUUUUUAAUGUCAUAUUCGAAAUCAGCGACCCCAAAAACCCCAAUAUACGGACGUUCAACUCAUGAAAACAAAUCUUUGAUAUUUUGGCCACAAAAUAGGCGAAACGUCCCAUAGUGCGCUGCUCAUUGCAUAAGCAGUCGGAUUUACACGGACAUGGUUGUCGUAAGCGGAACCAUCAACCUGGCAGCGGAAGGCGACAGGCACGACAUCAAAUCCAUUCGAAUACACCCGAACUACAGUGAUGAAAGGGACGGUGGCUGGAAGGAUGAUAUCGCCGUGAUCACUCUGAAGAAACCGAUCAAGAUAAACAGCGUGCAAGGUCCGAUUCCCUUAACAAGUAAGAACCAUGUUAACGGCGAUGAGCGGGGUAUUGUGAGCGGAUGGGGAAAAUCGAAAAUAAGUGGAUCUAUCUCGCCAAUACUUAAAUGGCUUAGCGUGAACAUUUUGAGCCAAGAACGCUGCCUGAGUGAUCACAAAAAUCCACGCACCAACGAGAAUCAGAUAUGCACGGAAAGAGGGAAGGGCGCUUGUCUAGGUGACAGCGGUGGGCCGCUCGUAGUCGACGGCGAGCUCGUCGGUGUCGCUUCUAGGAUCUCGCCCUGCGCUUUGGGAAUAUCUGAUGUUUACACUAAUGUUUACAAGUAUCUCGAUUUUAUCAAAGAAUCGCAAUUAUUGUGCUGAUAAUCUGCGUUUAAAACAUUGCCUAUUUCUACAUAUUAACGUUCUCCACUCUUUUAAGUAAGCCGACAUUCCGUAGCAACAGUAAAUAAACUAUGUUACAGUCCAAUGGAAUUCUAAAAGCUUCCACGUUUAAUGAGUAGUGAAAUAAUGAAAGUUUAAUGCUGAAACAGUUUCUAUGUAAAACAUAAAAAAAUAUAAUUAUACUUUAAAAUGUA